AUGAAUGUGCACCUAGAUGAUCCUCAGACAUAUGAUUGGCAUAGUUGGGCAAAUAAGCAAGAGAUCCCUAGAUUAUGGGGAAGACUUCCAGAACACUCUGUAGAAUACCAAACUGUCAUAUUUGAAGCCAUAAAUGCCAAGAUUGCACUGGAGCCUAACAUGGAGUCAUCUGGGCCAUGCUCUGAAAUGUGGUGCAAAGGCAUCAUUAAUAUGAUGAUUCAGACCAAACAAGAAAUCCAAGACAGAAGUCUGGUAAAUAAGUCUACACUAGAGGUCCCUGAAUCAUCUAUAGAUAUUAUUGAGGAUAACAUAUUUGAGAAGCCAGUAAAGAAGGGAAGAGGGCGUCCAAAAGGAGUGCUCAAUAGCACUAUCAUGGAACUUCAAUUGCUACCUAAAUCUCCUAUGAAACUCCAUAGCAAAAAAUCAGCUGGAUCAUCAUUCUUGUCACAAAACAACAUGAGAGAUGACAUUUCAAGAUCGGAGACUGUUCAAUCAGACAUAUCUCUAGCAUUGAAAAGAGUUGAAACUUUGAAUCAUAGGACAUGCAAGUUAGAUCAACCAUUAUUGAACCAGGUGCUUACUUUUUUUAUGUUCAAGCUGUGA